AAUAACUGAGGCUGGUCUUUGUGAAAGCAUCACUGGACUUUGCCCUUGACUGUGGUGUCGCAGGGGAAGAUCAGCUCUGGAUGGAGCGCGCGUGCAUGACGAUGUGCUGACGUGGCCAUCAUCAUCAUCAGCACCACCACCACACUGUGGAAACCCGUGAGAGAGCAUCAGAAGAGCUGAAGAUCUGCGGCACUGCGGUCACACUCACUGUCGGAAUAUUACGCGCUCAAUGAUGGAGGUUCCACGCGUGGGACAGAGUGUCAGCAGCCCCACGAGCCCGUGUGAGGACAUGAUCAAAAAUCUCAGUCUGGAUGCCAUUCAGCUUUGUGAGAGAGAAGGAAAUAAAUCCCUGGACAGCGGCAUCGCAGAGAUGGAGGAACUUCCUGUUCCCCAGAACAUUAAAAUCAGUAACAUCACAUGUGACUCCUUUAAGAUCUGCUGGGAUAUGGACUCAAAGGUCAGAGAGCGAAUCACACACUACUUCAUCGAUCUCAACAAGAAAGAAAACAAAAACGCCAACAAGUUCAAACACAAGGACGUUCCUACUAAGCUGGUAGCUAAAGCGGUUCCUCUGCCCAUGACGGUAAGAGGACAUUGGUUUCUAAGUCCACGAACUGAAUACACUGUUGCUGUUCAGACCGCAUCCAAACAGGGUGAUGGAGACUACACUGUGUCCGAAUGGAGUGAGAUCAUUGAAUUCUGUACAGCCGAUUACUCUACUGUUCAUCUCACACAGUUGCAGGAGAAAGCUGAAGUCAUCGCCAGCAGAAUGCUGCCCUUCUCCGUCUUUUACAGAAACCAGAAUCAGGAGUACUUUGACCAUGUCAGGGAGACACAGAACAACAAGAUGUUGCCGUCAGUAAAGGAUAACAGUGGGAGUCACGGUUCACCCAUCAGCGGGAAACUGGAGGGAAUCUUUUUCAGCUGUAACACUGAAUUUAACACAGGCAAACCCCCACAGGACUCGCCGUACGGCCGUCUCCGUUUCCAGUUGCCGGCCGAAGAGCUCUUCAAUCCCAACACAAACCUGUAUUUCGCAGAUUUCUACUGCAUGUACACCGCCUACCAUUACGUGAUCUUAGUGAUCAGUCCGGAAGGCUCACCGGGGGACGAGUUCUGCAAGCAGCGCCUCCCUGCGCUGGACAUCGCCAACAACCGUUUUUUGACGUGUGUGCGAAAUGAAGACGGGCAACUGCUGUUCCAUCACGCUCAGGAUCUGAUCCUGGAGGUCAUCUACACCGAUCCUGUGGAUCUGAGCCUGGGUACGGUAGCCGAGAUCCGCGGCCACCAGCUCAUGAGUCUCUCCACGGUCAACGCCAAGAAAGAUCCCAGCUGCAAGACCUGCAACAUCAGCGUGGGACGCUAAACGCUCUGCUGCGAUGAACACCACAGACCUUUAGCCGUUCCUCCUUACCCAUAAUGCACUUCUCCAUAGCAUGUGUCAGACAGCUUUUGAGAAAUUUUACUAGCUUAUAGCUGCUGACCCGGGUCGGGCUCAUCGUUUUCCUUUUUUCUAUCUUUGUCGGGACGUUAACUUAUUCAUUCACCCCUGUCAAUCAUAUUGCUUGUUUAACCCUAUCGGCUAAUGAUAGAUCCCCUCCCAUUAAAAAGCAGCACUGUAAGAGUUUACCAAAAAUUGAACACAAAUGACAUCACAGCAGUCACAUAGUCAAGGCGAGCGAUUUUACGAAGCAUUAUGAAUGUUCGAUCCUUGGAUAUCUCAAAAACUGAGAUUGGACGCAGCAUCUGUAGCACGAUUGCAAAAACCUCAACAUUAGCACACGACUGUUCUUCAAGCAGUGUUUCAUGUUAUUUAUUCCAACCCGUUCAGUAUACUGUGAUGUAAGAAACGCGUAGACGUGUAGAUAGAAAAAUAUUUAUUUUUUAACUGGUGAAUAGAAAAAAUUAACAGAACCAGAAGUGCACAAUACAGAAGACUGGUGGUGGUGGUGGUGGUGG